AUGGACUGCGAAGGAUUUAUCACAGUCGAAACAUACUCCAGACAAGAUGAAACAUGCCUUGUGACAUCUUGUGUUUGUUGCUGUGGACCCAUGUAUUCCGUCAAACGAACACUGCGAUUCAAGAGGAGUCUAGUAGCUGUCUCAAGGGCUGUGAGCGCAGUAUGAUUCCUAAUACUGUCGAGGUCGAAGCGGCUAGAAUGUCGAAGCCCAAGUACGUAUGUAAGUUCAGUAGGUUCUCCUGUAUGAAGCUGCAAUUGUAUCGAAGCGAUGUGUAUGUCACACAAGUGCUACCUACGAGGCAACAUCAGACUAUCUCGAUGCCAAUAUCCAGUGUGUCAUACUCGAUGCACAUGACUUCUUGGUCACCCCGGAUAGACUAUUCAGUCCAUUAGGAAUUUCUUGGACUCUUUCCCUGUGGCACUUACCACAGUGCGGAAUGCAUCUUGUGUCUCGGUCUAUCCGACAACUGAGAGCGGCUGUGUGACAAUUAUCUGCCCCUUAUCUGGAUUCAUACAGAUGUCUGGAAAGACUGCACUACACAAAGAUGGCUGCUACAUAGGUUAGAAGAGACUACUGAUUGGUUAAGACUGAGUACCAAUAUGAUCCGACC